CGACUGCAUGGGCUAUCAGGUCUGUGGUAGUUGCACACUCCACAUUUAACAGAGAAAUACGUAGUCUCUCCCGCUAAAGAGGAAAGACUCAACACUAUCGUGAAACCAUCGGUGUGAAGUCCAUCAUGUGGACCAUAACAGCGGUGGUGCUAACCCUCCUUGGGGGAAUGGCGGUCGGGUUGCCCGAGAUGCCAUCCGUGGGCGAUCUGAUUGAUGCUGUUGGUGAGAGGCCAUUUCGAUCACUGAGGGAUUUGAAUGAUUAUACGGAUAGUCUUCUUGACCUUGCCAACCAUCAUAUGGCUAAGUCUUUCGCAGCCGAAACCCGACGAUACAAAAGAGCUCUUGAUUUGACUUCAAUAAAAGUGAGUGGUACAGCAGGAUAUGGCACAGGAUACUCGUUUGCCAUGGACGAUUUGUCAAAAUUCAACUCUACCAACCUUGUUGGUGUGACUAAAUUAACGGUACACAAUGCCCAGAACAGUGCUUACUGGAUUAUGACUUAUGACGGACAUCACAGAUCCCAUGCUAUAGUUGAAGUAGACAAAGCUUUGAGCAUGCUGAAGCUAAUUGCAGAGUUUCAACUAACUGAAGAAUUUUCAGUUCUUGGGAAAUGUGCAGCUCAUGUCCACAAUGGAAUACUGUGGGUAGUCUUAACAGCUUUGAACAACCAAUAUGUGAGAACUCUUCGUGCUGACCUUCAUAAAUCUACUGUGGAGAUGCCUCAAACUUUUGAAGCAAAUGGCUUGGUAGGCGGACUUCAUAUGUUUGAAGACCGUGGCAGUUUGUAUAUGGUGACGGGUAUCGCAGGUCGUGCAUCUGGAAAGGAAUGUGAACCUGAGACGAGUCUCUACAAACUGAUUGGUAAUCACUUCGACAAGCAGCAUGAAGUUUCCUUCACCUGUAGAAACGUAACAAGUGUAACGGGUUUCAGGAAGGGAAGAGAAUACUUCCUGAUCUUUGGAAUGUCUAAGGCUGGAGGUUCUCAUGUGUACAGGUUCACUGACUUCCAUAAUAUGUAUUUAAGUCAAAUACUAGACGAGACGGACGUCACUAGCUCCGCAUAUUUCUAUGAACAGCAAGAGGGAAAGCACAAUAUUCUUGUAAAUAAUGGUGCUGAAACGGUGCUCUACCGUUGGGAAGGAUUAAGCUUUAUUAGAUGGCAACGGUUGGAAACCCAGAACACUGUGCCACCUAUUACGAGUGUAGCAAGUUACACUUUCCCUUCACUUGAAACCAUUAUAAUGACUGCCCGGGGCGAUAGUGUGUCCUUCUACACGGAUGACGUGUUUGGCUACUUCAAAUUAAGUUUUGUAAUGCAAACUAACUGCCAGUCCAUACAUAACCUCCUCAUGAAGAAACUAAGCAAUACAUACGUGAUUGUGUAUAUCUGUGUGGAAAAUCAGUCAAGCAGACUAGACUCCAGAGAAGUGAUUAUGGAUGAAGUGGCUCUAGAUAAACCAAAAGACAGGGAAGAUCUUCUCUUAGAUUGUCUGCUCGACUUGAAAAAAGACCUAAAUGCCAGGAAGCCUACUAUUUCUCGACUUGAACAGGCAAUUGCAGAAGACAUUGUUAUGACUAAUGAUGUGUCACAGACUUGGCUACAAACUCAAACAUUCGCAGCUGGUUUAACGGUUGAUGCCACAACGAAUAUCCUUCAAACAGUAACUGUAAAGGGCCAAGGUACAGCACAGCAACAUGCAGAAACUUAUGAAGAGUUCUACUCCAAAACAGAAGAUGUUGAGGUGCUUAUAGACGACCUUGGUGUUAGCUUGGAUGACGUCUUGUACCACUCUACAAACCAAGUACUCCUCGGGUCUAUUGGCGCCUCUGAUGUAACUGCAGACAAACUAGAAUCGAAUAGUACAAAAAUAACCAAGCUAAAUGAAAUGCCAUUGCUGGAUAUGUCUAGCACCUUCAUGAUUGAUGGAAUAGAUCAGAACAUAAUGUCUACAAUGCACAUUCACUCGAUGACGACUGAUGGCUUUUCUACAAGGGAGUUAACCUCGUCGGCAACCAUCAACAAUGUGCAUACCAACCAAUUUUUGAGAAAGUCUCUUGCUUCUCAAGAAGUAACGGGUAACCACUACUACAAAAAUAUAAAUAUAAACAACGUCCAUGGCAAGCAGGGUGACGGGUCUCCAUUAGUUGUUAAUGGAAUAGACACCAGUAAAAUUGUGACGAAAGGAAAUAAUUUUACAUUUGUAGACAAGAAAACCUUUAACAGUAUGACUGUCUUAGAGGACUUGGAUGUUCAACUGCUUAAUGAAGUCGACCUGUCGGACUUAUCAAGCCAUUUGGUUUACACAAAUGUAUAUAGUCCUCAAAUACUAGAUGGUCACUUUAGUCUACAUGAUGUAGAUGUGGAUGGCAAUGUAGAUGUCAAAAACAUCAAUGGUGUUGACAUGAAACAACUUAAUACCAUGGUUGUCAGAACUACUGGAGACUUCACAUUAUCUGGUGAUGUGAACUACCAGAACGACUUCGAAGUAGCUGGGAACAUGCUCAGCCCAAAACUGAAUGGCAUUGUUAUGGAUAACAUCGUAGAUAAGGAUACCAUUAACAUUAAUGGAAAUUAUAAAUUUACAAAUGCAAAUGUAAAAUCUGCCAUUCAUUGCACCAACAUAAAUGGAAUAAAUCCAAGUGUAGAUGUGGUGACUAUAGAUGCAGACCAGACAAUAUUGGGAGGCUUAACCUUCACUGACGAUGUGUUGGUGAUUGGCACUGGAGGAGUAAGGAUGUUGGAUUCUGUCAAAAUUAAUAAUAUCGACCCAUAUAGCCUCGACAAGCUGGAUGAUAAUGGUAACCUCCUUGUAGAAGGGGAUGUCACAUUUAAUGCUGCUCUUCAUGUGGCAGAGGAUGUAAAUGUUGAAGUUAUUAAUGGAUUAGCACUAAAGGGUAUUGAAGACCGUUAUUGGAGAAAGAGCACUGACCAAGUAGUAGAUGUUUCGCCAAACAUUGUGGAAACUACGUUCAGAGCUGCUGUAACAGCAAGAAAUAUUAACAGCCACCAGAUGGAAGACUUCUUGUCUGUGACAGGCCCCCAAACAAUAAGUGGAGCAUACACCUUCCAGGGAUUGGUAACGGUAGAUGGUAAUCUCAAAGUAACAGAUGGCAAAGAAAUUGAUGGUGUGGAUGUAUCUUCGCUCAAGGAGAACUUGGUAACCCUGUCAGAUAAUCAAGACAUAGAAACACAAACGAAUUUCGGCAAGUUGAUCAUAUCUGGGGACUUAAUGCUAGGUGGAAACCUCAAUGGAUGGAAUGUAGUGACAGACUUCGUACGGCUUGACCAGUCUCUACACCAUACUGGGAGUCUUACCUUCAGUGACAAAACUACUGCACAAGCUCUGCAGCUCUCGAGUGCAAACAUUAUGGUCCAUAGCCUUAAUGGCCUGAACGUUGAAGCUGCAAAGGCAGACUUGGUCAUUGUAAAUGAAGAUGCAUCAAUUGCUGGACCCCUGAAGUUUACCUCUAGCAUUACAGCAACCAACCUCGAAGUUGGUGGAACGGUUGACGGUGUUGACAUCGUAGAUCUUGUGGAUCGCAGUCUCAAGAAGAACUCUGCUACACCACAGACGGUAACAGGAUCAAUAACGGUGAAUAAAGGAGUUAACUUAGAUUUGAGCCCAUCUCUGGAUACGGUUAAUGGCAAACACUGGAGCACCCACUUAAGCAAGGUUGUACCCCAAAAUUACAAUGGCGUAAUUCGUGGAAGGAAGACCUUCACGAAGCCAGUAUCCAUUUCGGGUAACUUCAAUCCAACAACCAUAAAUGGCUUUGAUGUAGCUCAGCUAUCAGACAGAAUACUGACUAAAAGUACAAACCAAAAUGUUGCCAGCAAAUACACCAUCGAUGGGGAUGUUACUGCUAAGAAUGUAGUUGCAGCACAAAUUGAUGGAGUAUUGGCCUCCAACCUCCUCCUCCUGGACGAGACCAGUAUAGUAUCUGGUACAGUUGACUUUGCUGAUAACUUGCUUGUUGCUGAUGUGACCUCUGACUCUGGCAUUCUUGAUGGCUGCAAUUUACUUCAGUUGAACGCAUCAACAAUUUGGAGAGAUGGUAAUGGGGAUGUGGUAAUCCCAUACAACAUGGGAGUGAAAAAUCUUUUGGUUAAGGGCGAUGUAAUCGCAAAUGCUGCAGUGAAAGCAGGAACAGGCCAAAUGGACAUCUUCCAUUUCCUUGAUACUAUUGUAACAAAGUCUUCUAAUCAAGAUAUUUCUGGUACAGUAGAAUUCGUGACAAAGGUGUCUGUGACAGACCUCCAAGCUACCACCAUAGAUGGAGUAGACGUUAACAUUCUCUAUGAUGAUACUGUUAUGGAUAAUGAAGACAGUGUAAUUGACUGUAACACAGACUUCACAAGACUUCUGAUGGUUGGUAAUGCCAAGGUAAAAACCUCCUUGCAUGGAUCAGGUGCUCAAGGGGUCUUAAUCAACAAUAUGAAUGUGACAGAUGUGGAUGUCCAUGCAGUACACUUAACAGGUGGACCAUAUCUGAUCACUGGUGACAAGACCUUCAACAGUGGUCUUAAUGUUGAAAAACUAAAUAUUGAUGGAUCCUUGGAUGGAGUUGUUGUCAACAACUUGGUGGUGCUAUCAAAGUAUGACAGACGUGCUGAUGAACUAGUCUUCAAAGCCCCUAUAUCAAUAAGGGGAGAUUUGAAGGUCGAUGGACUACUGGACAAUGUAAACCUUGAGCAGCUCCUGUCUGACAGGAUCAAACUAGAUACUACUGAAGCUUUAAGCUCGUCGACUACAUUUGAGGGAAUGAAAGUGGAAGGUGACCUUCUCGUUGAAGUGAUAAAUGGUAUAAAAGUAUCAGAUAUAGUCUUUAAAUCUGGAAGGGUGCAGCAAGACAUUGAAGGAGUUAAAACCUUCUCUGGAGGUCUACAUGUAGUUGGUGAAAUGGAGGCUCCUGUAGUAAAUGGAGUAAAUAUUCUGGAUUUGAAUAAUAACGUGGUCCGAAAAGACAGAGCAGCUACUAUAAGUAAAGAACUGGUCUUCAAUAAGGAGACUACCUCUCAAGUAGAUGUCUUGGUACAAGGAAAUGUAAAUGGUUAUGAUCUCUCUGAAACUGACUAUGGAGCCUCGAUACUACAAGGAAAUAUUAAAGCUGAGAACGACCGCUUAACAAGCCUUAACUUAACAUUGUCAACAACCCAUGUUGACACAAAGCUGCUCUCCUGUGGAAUGUAUGAAACUUACAACUAUGGUGAUAAGAUAAAUGAAGAGGCCAUAUUGGUUUCUGGUAAAAUGACUUCUGGAACAUUUGGAGCCACCCCAUAUGUGGCUGUCCGGGAAUGCGGCAAUUAUGAAUGCCAAUGCCCUUCGCAAUAUGCUUUCUAUGAAUUUGAUGAUAGUGGUAGUCUAACCAGGAGAGAAACUGAUGUAAAUGCUGCAUUCCUUUUUAACUCUAAAGGUUAUGAAGGUACAAGACUACUAAGCAGCUGUGCUAAUGGUGGAUCAAGUACUUUGAAGAUCUUGUUAAACAACAAGGAAACAAGCUUGCCACAGGGAUCGACACUAGGGAAUAUUGCCGAUGCAAAAUCCUUCAGUACCAAAGAUGGCACUUACAUUGUAACAGCAGGUGCAACUUAUGAUACAAAUACAGCUGCAACUACAAAAAUAAGUGUCUUAAAACUGAAUAAUAAUGCAGUUACCAUAGUUUGGUCUCUGGAUACUUAUUACAGUGCUUCAACAGUGGACUUGACUCUGGGGAAUAAAGGAUGGUUACUAUUGGUAGCUAACUUAAUGGCAUCUAAUGAUACUGUAGAUCCCUUCAUGGCCCCAUCACAACUCUUUUUGUGGUCUGCUGCUGAGGAAAAGUUCAACCUUAUCCAAGAAGUUAUGGGACAACAUGUAACUUCAGGAAUCUUUUUGAAUUCAAAAAGUACUUUGAAUGAGAGAUUCUUCGUUCUUACACAAUAUAUGGCAGCUAAAUCAGCACUAGAGAAAACUAAGUUCUGUACGAAAGUUCAGGUGUUCAAGUUUAUGGAUUCUGAAUAUGUUCCAUACGAGAGUUUACCAACUUUUGGAGCAGUUGCUCAAACAUCCCUAUCAAUAGGAGAGGAUCUAUACUUGGCAGUUCUUUCAGACUUAACAAAUACACUAGACAUUUAUGAAGUCUUGCCUUCAGAGGGCUUCCACUUGCAGCAGAAGAUCCCAGUAUGUAAUAAUCCCCUUGACGUAAAGAAGAUAGACACAAAGGAAGACUUGCUACUAAUUUCUUGUACAAACCCAAGUCGAAUGAUGACAAUAAGAUUGAAUGCUAAAGGGUAUUCAUACCGAGAAUAAGUGGAGUGUGGAGCCAUUAUUUUUAGAUUUUAAUACAGAUAUAUGGUA